AAUGAGGCCAAUGCAUUGAGGCACAGAGUGUAGGGCUGAUCAGUUAAAAUCAUUUAACAAGUUAUUUCGGUGGAUUUAUUCAAGAAAAAUCUAAAAUCUAAAAUGCGCGAAAUCGUUCAUCUUCAGGCUGGGCAGUGUGGUAACCAGAUCGGGUCAAAAUUCUGGGAGGUAAUCAGCUCAGAGCAUGGGAUUGAUAUGGAUGGAGAAUACAAGGGGGAUUUAAUCCAACAGCUUGAGAGGAUUGAUGUUUACUACAAUGAGGCUUCAGGAGGAAAGUAUGUACCCCGAGCUGUGCUUGUGGAUCUAGAACCUGGAACCAUGGAUUCUGUCAGGUCUGGAGCUAUAGGACGAAUAUUCCGUCCUGAUAAUUUUGUUUUUGGACAAAAUGGCGCAGGAAAUAAUUGGGCUAAAGGACACUACACUGAGGGAGCUGAACUUGUUGAAUCUGUCCUGGAUGUGGUUCGACGAGAGUCAGAGGGUUGCGAUUGUCUCCAGGGAUUUCAGUUGGCGCAUUCUCUAGGAGGUGGAACCGGUUCUGGGAUGGGAACUCUUCUCAUAUCCAAGAUCAGAGAGGAGUACCCUGACAGAAUAAUGAAUACCUUUUCUGUUAUUCCUUCCCCGAAGGUAUCAGAUACUGUAGUGGAACCCUACAAUGCUACUCUAUCUGUUCACCAACUGGUUGAGAAUACUGAUGAAAGUUUCUGUAUAGAUAAUGAGGCACUUUAUGACAUUUGUUUCAGAACAUUGAAGUUAACAUCCCCGACCUAUGGUGACCUAAACCAUCUUGUAUCUGUUACUAUGUCAGGAGUCACCACCUGCCUUAGAUUUCCUGGUCAGCUGAACGCUGACCUGCGUAAGCUAGCGGUCAACAUGGUUCCCUUCCCUCGCCUUCAUUUCUUUAUGCCAGGCUUUGCUCCCCUCACUGCCAGGGAUACCAAACAAUACAGAGCUGUUACAGUUCCUGAGUUGACCCAGCAGAUGUUUGAUGCAAGGAAUAUGAUGACUGCUUGUGAUCCUAGGCAUGGACGUAGCUGUAUGUGAUGUAGCUCCUAGAGGAUUACCAAUGGCAGCAACAUUUAUCGGAAAUUCGACUGCGAUUCAGGAGAUUUUUAAAAGAAUAUCCGAGCAGUUUACUGCUAUGUUCAGGAGGAAAGCUUUCUUGCAUUGGUAUACAGGUGAAGGUAUGGAUGAGAUGGAGUUUACUGAAGCUGAAUCCAAUAUGAAUGAUUUAGUAUCUGAGUACCAGCAGUACCAGGAGGCAGGUGCUGAAGAUGAGUUCUACGAUGAAGAUCAGACUGGAGAGGAGGAACAAGAUCCGGAGUAGACCGGAAGCAAGAUCCGGAGUAAACCAAAAGCAAAGUUGUCUGGGAGGACAGACUAAAACUUGUAUUUCACUUUAAAGAGAUUGUGGGCAUAAUUUCAAGUGGGACAUGCUCGAUUCACAACUGUACUCUGUAAACCUUAGUCUUAGCAAAUAUAUUCUCUAAAAUUUGUAA